CGUAUUGGGGCAUUAGGAUUUGGGAAAUAGCGCGGAGAAGACUAAAACGGCAUCGUAUUAAGAGUAGCCGUGGUUGAGAUCCUCUCGGAGAGAAAGUCCCCAAACCAACUACUCAUCUUCUUCCUCACCCGCGGUGGCGCGUUUCAGCUGCAGAUACACAAAAGGAUUAGGUUUUGUGAAGAUGGCAUCAAGGUUGAUUCAAGUUCAGUCAAAGGCAUGUGAGGCUUCCAAGUUUGUGGCCAAGCACGGAACUUCUUACUACAGGCAGUUGCUUGAGAAGAACAAGCAUUACAUCCAGGAACCUGCUACGGUUGACAAGUGCCAAGAGUUGUCUAAGCAACUUCUCUACACCCGUCUUGCUAGCAUUCCUGGACGCUGUGAAACCUUGAGGAAAGAAGUAGACUACGCAAAGAACUUGUGGAAGAACAGAACCGAUCUGAAGGUAGAAGAUGCUGGAGUCGCUGCAUUGUUUGGUCUCGAAUGCUUUGCGUGGUAUUGCGCUGGUGAGAUCAUCGGCAGAGGUUUCACCUUCACUGGAUAUUACCCUUGAAUGAGAGGAACUAUAACUUUGAAGAUUGUGUAAUCCCUCCCCUCCUCCGUAUUUUAGUGUUUCCAUGAAUCAAUUUUUUUUUCUUCCAGCUUUUUCCCUGAAACGGAAGCAGAGGGCUUUGGAGCUGUGAAAAUUUGCUAAAACUCAUCUCUUUGAUGAGAUUGCGAUCAAUAAAGAACAAAAAUUUCGACUGUGA